UUCCUGCCUUCACCCUAAAGCUAAAGGUUUAGCAGCGUUAGCCAUGUCAGGUGUGGGGGAACCUUCAGCGGACUCCCUGGACCUCAAAGGGAGCCAGGAGUUCGACGUGGAGGCGGAUGAACAUUUCGGGGAUGAUUUUGCUCUGGACCCAACUCGAUACAUGUUUUACAGAGAGAGGAAGGAGUGGGACGAUCUGGAGCCAGUUCCGCAGGAUGACGGACCGAACCCUGUGGUGAAGAUAGCUUACUCUGACAAAUUCUCCGAUGUUUACGACUAUUUCCGUGCACUCUUAAAGAAAGAUGAAAAAAGUGAAAGAGCUUUCGCUCUGACAGCAGAUGCCAUCGAGCUGAACGCUGCAAACUACACAGUCUGGCACUACAGACGAGUGCUGCUGCAAGCCUUAUCCAAGGACCUGAGGGAGGAGAUGAGAUACAUUACCAACAUAAUCGAGGACCAACCCAAAAACUACCAAGUCUGGCAUCACAGACGUAUGGUGGUGGAGUGGUUGAACGACCCCUCGGAGGAGCUGGAGUUCAUCGCAGAUAUCCUCAGCCAAGAUGCCAAGAACUACCACGCCUGGCAGCACCGGCAGUGGGUCAUCCAGGAGUACAAACUGUGGGACAACGAGCUGGAGUUUGUGGAGGGUCUUCUGGAGGACGACGUGAGGAAUAACUCUGCAUGGAACCAGAGGCAUUUUGUAGUUUCUCACACCACAGGCUUCUCCGAUCCAGCUGUGGUGGAAGCAGAGAUUAAGUAUUGUCUGAGCCAGAUCAAGAAGGCUUCUCACAACGAAAGUGCCUGGAAUUAUUUAAAAGGGAUGCUGCAGGACAGGGGUCUGUCGGGUCAGGCGGGUCUGCUGGAGAAGGUGCUGGAGCUGAAGGAGACGCACUGCUCGCCCUACCUUCUAGCAUUUCUGUUCGACUGCUACGAAGAUGUCUUGGAGAACGGCGUCCAAAAGGAGAAUAUGGAGGAGCAGGAACGGCGGGGAACUUUGAGAAAGGCUUUAGAAAUUUGUGAGCUCCUGGCGCAGGAGAAGGACACCAUUCGUAGGGAGUACUGGCAGUUUUUGGGACGUUCUUUAAAGAGCAAGUACGGCGGCGACAGCAGUCCUUGUGAGGAGCGUGUGGCCGGUGAUGGCCAGGCGUCGGACUCCCAGGAGACCAGCUAGGCCUCCGGGAGACGCACACCGUUUACACUCCGAUCAGCGCAUCAACAACGCCGUCAGCAGAGUCAAACCGUGGAUUCUGGUCUGACUGUAAACUGUUGUAUGCAUCUCUAAGAAAGUUUUGAAUAAUAACACGGUUAGCUAGGAGAAUGUACCGAGUCUCACACACACAGAAAUCUCUCUCUCUCCUACUUUAGUCCCUGGAGGAGUUAAUUAAUCACACAACUAACCUGCAUCUUUUUCCAGAAUUGGAGAUCUUACGUGGUCAGUUUAUCAGCUCCUUCAGCGUUCAGGUGAUGUUAUUGCUCAUGAAAUGGCCCGAGGACGUCUGUGGGGGUUUAUCGCUUUAGUCUUAAUAGUUAUAAAUAUCUGAUUGGAGGAAAAUAAAUCUGCACGACUGGGAACACAUUUUCUUAUCUAUCCCCCCUGCUAACUGAUUAAAUUGGCCUGCUGUGUGUAAGGAAACACACCUUCAACACAAACUGUAAAUGACUUUACCCUUCAGUGGAGCUGGUUGUAUAAUAUGUGUAUUUCUGUUUUAACUUGGGGACGACAAACGCACUGUUUAUAUUGACGUUUAUUUGUAAAACCUCUCUUUCCGUGAUAAUAAAGCAGUUGAGAGAUGAAGUGCAUGUUGCUGGAUGUA